ACAGAAAAAUAGAAGAAAGAAGAAAACAGAAGAGAAAAAGCGGACGAUAAUACUAUUAGACAAGAAAAGGUGUUUGAUAGCGAGAGAGGAAAGAAAGCAUAGAGAAAAAAAGCAAAACAGGGAGAUGAGAGGGGUCUCUAAUGGGAGAUCAAUUUCCUUUCUUCUCUUCUUCCUUUCGUUUUCUCAUCAAUUCAUAACAGGCUUUUCAGACGAUUCUUUAAAUCCAAAAAAUGGAACAAAAGUUGAUACUCAUGCUGCAUCCAGCAGUAACACUGGGUCAACUGUACUCAUUGUAUGCCUUGCCCUUGUGGCAGUAGUGCUUCUGUCAUUUUUCCUUUUCAAGUUUUGGCAAAAGAAGAAGCGUGAAGAGCAGUAUGCUCGUCUGCUAAAGUUGUUCGAAGAAGAUGAUGAGCUUGAGCUUGAGCUGGGUCUUCGGGAUUAAAUUUGUGUCAGAUGUUAACAAUCAAUGUACUGAGAUGUAAGUAAUAUCUUCAAUCCAGAUUCUUGAUUCAAUGAUGACAAUGGGUUGGAUUGAUUCCAGAAUAUUGACAUAAAUCAAGAGAAAUCUUCAUUCCACAAUUUGUAGAAAUAUGUAUCAGUGUUAGCAGAACCAAAACUAUCAUGCAUUCUGUUUUUUGGGUACAGCGAUCGAUGGAUAACAGAUAUUGCCAAACGUCACCCUCCAAAAUGAGGAUUGUAAUUCAUCCGUCACAAUUUCACUCUGUAAUAGUUGUGUAGUAGGUGUUUGCAGCUUGUUAGAUUGCUUUAAAAUUGAGGAAUAAUUUUAAUCAAAGCUCAAAUGAGCUAAACUGUACUUCAAGUUGUGCAAAUUUGCUUUUGCACCCUCUGAUGUAUCACUAGGCCUUAAAUAUAUUUUGUUUUUUGUAUGUGUUAAAUGUUGUAUCCUCUAAAUAUGAAGUCACAUUUCAUCAAUGAAAAUUUUACUAUUUUUCACAACGGAAGGACAAGCCAUUGAACAAACAAGACUGCAGGUUAAAGUUGAACUAACAUCAGUGACCCUAAAGCAAGGAACUGAAGUAUUGGUAUAAUUUAAAGCAAAAUAUUCAGCAUAUCUUGUCAAACUUCUGUUCUCAAUAUAUUUAUUCAGAAGUUGAAGCAGUUGACCUGCAAUAAUUAAAAUAAUACAUGAAUCUCACAAGUAUCGAAUAAGAAACAGAUUAUUCUGAUUGAUUUAACACAUUGACCACUAAACCUAGAUUAAGACUACAGGUCAAUACCUCUAGGAAAGAUGGUUACAGAAAAAG